AUGGCCACUUUCAACGUGGGCGGAGCUACCUUCCAGAGCGGCAUCAACGUGCCCGGCUUCGGAAAGGCAAGCGGGAGCAGUGGAUUGAAGAUCCCCAAGGUCGGAAGUGUCUCCUCAAACAUUGGCAUCGACCUGUCUAAAGGAGUCAACGGCCUCACUGGAGACAUCAAGCUCACCAAAGACAAGGGAAAUGUCUUUCGCAGUGGAGCCACGGACGCAGAGACCGUCAAUGACAUCUCCCACCAGGCUGUCUGCUCCUACUUCAUAGGCCCGCAAGCCGAGAACAUGAAGUUCUUCAGGAAGAACAUGGACGAAAUCCUCAACCAACUCGAGCAGUCGAGGGUGAACUACUUUCCUGAAGACGGCGCUUUCAUCACGGAGCAGAUUCAGAACUCGGCAGAGUUCCAGGACCGUACUACGGCCGUUGCCAACGCCGUUCGCAAGACAGGAGAGCUAUUAGGCAAACACUCGAUCCCGUUCUGGUCACCUCGCUAUCAGGCGCACAUGUGUAUGGAUAUGUCUAUGCCGGCACUUCUUGGAUACUUCACCACGAUGCUGUACAACCCAAACAAUGUUGCCUUCGAGGCAUCACCGCUCUCCACGUUGGCAGAGAUCAAGGUUGGAGAGCAGCUGUGUGAAAUGUUCGGAUACAACGUCAGCGUUGAAGCAAAGGGCAAUAGGCCCAAUGAUUCGAGGCCGAGCCCCUGGGGCCAUGUCACAUGCGACGGGCUGGUGAGUAUUACCUUUAUGGCCCAGUUCGGCGCUUCCUGGCUCAAUUCAGGUCCUUACAACCUUGGAAAUGCAGCAAGAAAUCUCAAAUUCUAUCCCCUCUCGCUUCGCAUGGCUCUCGACGGACCACUGAAGAAUGUUGGCGAGACAUUCACAGUCGUCAACGCCCAGAACAAGGAAGACCUGUUGGUCAACAUGCCGACAUGGGACCUUCUCAACCUGAAGGUAGAGACCAUACUCGAUCUCCCAGAUCGCUUGAAUCGUGAUUACGGUAUUUCUUCCAAGUAUCUGGAGAAAGUGAUGGAUGAUUAUGGGAUCCAAUCCCUGGGGAAGGAUGAAAUCGAGAAACAGUUCGGCAUCGAAAAGCCAGCACAGUACAUGCUGUCCAGCACACGGCACUAUUCCUGGCCUAAAGCAGCAGCCAUCGCUGGGAUUGGAUCUCAAAAUGUGGUCAGCAUCGCGGUCGACCAUGGCGCACGCCUCGACCUGUCCAAGCUCGAGGAGCAGCUUGAGCUCAGCCUCAAGGAAAAGCAGCCGGUGUAUGCUGUAGUCGCAAUUAUGGGGACGACCGAAGAAGGCGCGGUCGACCCACUUGGCGAGGUACUCAACAUGCGACGCCGCUUCCAGGCUCGCGGUCUCUCCUUUGUCGUCCACGCCGACGCGGCCUGGGGAGGAUACUUUGCUUCAAUGCUUCCGAAGGAUUAUCUCCCCGGAAGCAAAUUCUCGGGCCCUCUGCCGAUCGGGCUGGGACCAGCUACGGGAUUCGUGCCGGACAGCGGUCUGCGGCCCGAUACCCAAGAUGACCUCUGCAAGCCGGGAGCUUCAGCCGUAUCCACAUACCUUGCCAACAGUUGCAUUGGGCUCAACCCCGAUGGCUACGGCGCACUGCUAGGGGAGGUCACCUUCACGUGUAGUCGGUUAUCGGCACAAUGGGCAGCCAUGACUGAUGACAGCAUGCCAUUCACGGUCAUCCCUUUCAACAUGCUCCCCUCCGAGCUGGCGGAUGAUGCAACUGAGGAGUCUAUCGAGGCCGAGAGACAAUGGAUCCGAGACAACAUCCUCUCCGCCUCCAACCUCGAGAUUGUGACCAACACCAGCACCAGCCCGGGGGGCGAUGAUGCCCUCACCCUUCUCCGAAAGUUGGGAUCGGACCUGAACAUCAACGCGUUUGCUUGCAACUUCAAAUACAGCAAUGGGGACUUGAACACUGACGUUCUUGAGGCAAACUACUUCAUGCAGCGCAUCGUUGAGAGCCUCUCGGUGGACUCUCCCGGCGACGACCCGACAAAGAUCCCUCUCUAUCUCACCUCCACGGAGUUCUCGACGGAUCUCUAUGGAGAAUGCGCGGCCAAAUUCAAGGAGAGACUCGGUCUCAAGGAUGACAAACAAGAUCUAUUUGUGCUGCGCAAUGUCGUCAUGUCUCCGUUCCCCACCGAGAAAGACUUCAUUGCCGAACUGGCUGGCAUCUUCAAGAAAGUCGCGUUGGAAGCAGUCGACGUCUCCCGCGGUCGUAAUGAAGAAACCAAGGGUAUUCACUCCUUCCUGAUGCAAGGCGAGAACCCGGUCUGUCUCCUCCACAAUCCCAGUUUCCAUGUGGCAAAUCACCGGCGGCAGACGGUCUUGGAAGUUGAACUCCCACAGGCUGCCCAGGAAUGGUAUUCCACACUUAGGUCUCAGUACCCUGGAGAGAUCUUCACCUUCAAGACAGUCAAGGAUGUCGAUCUCACCGAAGCGAUCAAGAGCGGCGGAGCCCUGACUGGCUUCAUCACCUCCGGUGCCUCUUACGGUGCUCCCAUGCUGCCAAACUUCACUCUGAACAUCACUCAACCCACCGUGGACCGCCACCUCAACGGCCUAUACCUCGCCUCCAGCUACCCCACGGGCCGCAUGCCCUUCUACCUCUACGGAAGCGACACGGAGCACCACAUCGACCACGCCCUCCUCACGUCGCCCAACAUCCAGCUCUCGGCCGCAGACGUCAAGCUGGACCUCUCCCGCUCGUCACCACCGCCAUCAGAUGCCAAGCGACCUCUCGUCCUGAUGCUCGACAACGUCCGGGAGGAGCAGAUGCAGCCCUUCCCCAGCGAGAACUCCGUCCUCGCCUCGCUGCCCGACUUCUUCUUCCGCCCCGGCAAGGAGUUCGAGGUCAGCGUCUGGGAGGACCCCACACCUGGGGGUAAUGACGCCGAGCACACGCUGAGCGCCUGGGGUGCGCUCGGGCGUGAUGGCAGCGAGGACGGGCUUGUCGGCAGGGGGACGAUGGUCCUUGGCGAGUCCGUCUUCGUGGACGCUGAGCACCUCAACUUUGACCCGUACAAGAGGGUUGAUGAUGUUGGGGCCUGGACUGAGGAGUUUGAGAAGAUUGGGAAGGAGCUGCACAAGUGA